AAGUGCUAACUUAGUAGCAUUCGCUAAAUUCCUCGACAACAUUUUUUUGUGUUUAUUUUAAAUAAAAUCGCUUUUAAAUCUAACAUAACCUAAAAUAAAAUCUACGGUGGCACCAUCUGACAGCUGUCGAGUUAAACUUUCAAAAUUCAAAAUUCGAGCAAAACUUCAUUAAAUCGAUAUUAAAAAAUGGUCGAAUUAAAGUUAGAAACUAAGUUAAAGAGUCUAUGUGACGUGGUUUCAGAUUUGGAGAAAUCUGAGCAUUCGUUAAUUAAUCAGCUUUUGAAAUAUAAAGAUUUUGAACUGAAUAAGUAUAUAAGGGAUAUUGAAAAUCAAAGAAAUAAUGAGUAUAAAGAUAUUAAAACCACCAUAAAUAAUGUAAUUGAAAAGUUAAAUGAAAAGCUGAAGCUUUUUCAAGAUAGGUCUUUCCCUGAAAUUGAAGAAAUACCAAAAUUUAAACAUGAUAUGUUGAACAUACAACAUUCUAUAAUAGAAUUAAAACGUUCUUCUGAAUCAAAAAUGUAUGAGUUACAAGAUGAAGAAGAGAUCCUGGUUAAGGACUUGGAAACAAUAAAAGAAGAGAUUGAAAAACCGAAAAAAAAAUUAGAUAAGUCGAAAAAAAAAUUGCCAACAUUAGACAAAAAUGUUAAAAAACCUUCUGGGAAUAAAAAAUUAGUGCUUGAUCAGGAAACACAGGAGUUUGUUGAUUUUAUCACAGCAAUUAAUGAUAAUCACCAUAAAAUAUCUAGGAAUGAUAUUGUGGUAUUUUAUAAAACUGCUAAGAAAUCCAAUGAUUUGGACGAAUUGUUUGAAAACUUUUUGGAUGUGAAAUCAGAGUUAGAAAACGAAAUAAUAUCGAGUUUGACCGAAUGGUAUGCUCAAUUUGUACACCUAAAAGAAGAAGAAAAACGCGUUUAUAGCAAAUGGAGACUGUCAAAAAUAAAACAAAAACAGAACAAAGAAAACGCGUUUAAAAGAAUCGACAAUCAGCUGGAUUUGGUUACACUUAAAGAAAACCUAAUAGACUGGAAAAAAAGCCGGGAUGAAGACCGAAAGUCUAAAACUGCAUAUGACAAUUUUUUUAACAUGGAGAAUAAAAGGAAAGAAAUUAACGAAAUAAACAAAAGGAGUAGAGUAAAAAGCCAGAUAAGCCAGUGGAAAAAAGAAUGUGAAAAAAUCGAUAAAGCACAAAAAAUAAAGGAUAAACAACCAAAAAAACCCAAGCAAACUGGUGUAAAUAAGAAAAUCAAGCAAUAUCAACAAAAAGACGAAGAAUUUAUACUGAAAAUGCAAAAAGCAAAGAAAAAUAUAAAAGUUAUAAAAGAGGUAAACUCACCCAAAAAUAAAAUUGAGGUCAAAAAAGAUUCCCAAAGAAUCCAUAAAAUGACUAAACAAUGGUUAAACAGAAUCAAGGACAAAGAACCACGUUAUAAACCAUCUAAGGAAAUUAAGGCCGUACAAAAAUUUUGUGAUAAUGUAAAUAGAAUACUUAUUGCUAAAUCUAAUGCGGAAAAGCUGAAGCAACCCAGUUUUAAAAGUCAUAUAGUCAGAUUAACUUAAUUAAAUAAAUCAUACAUUUUGAAAACACCUGAUUGGAGAAAGGCUGAUGGAUAACUAAAUAAAUGAUUUUUGAAGUUUUGUAAUGUUAAAAUAGUUUGGUUUUAUAUUACAAUUUUGUAGAAUAAAUGUUUUUUAUUUUAAUUAAAACAUUGAGAUUUAAAAUAAAUGAUAUACGUUUAUUUUUAAAUUUUUAGCAGUACUUUAUAUUACUUAUAAAUGACUAGACCUAAAUAAACUAAGGUAAAGAGUAAAGCAAUAAUAUCAUUGUAUGCAUAAAAAUUGUUGUAUAAAAAAGUGUGGCAAGUAUAAAAAUGGUUUGUAAAAAAUCCUAGGUAACCUACCUAUAGGUCUUUGGAAUUUUAGCCUAUACAGGGUGUCUGAAAACAAUAAGAAAAAACUUUCAUGUUACUUUUAAAUAUAAAUGAUAAAAAAUGCUUUUAUAAAUAUGCUCUUUUCCUCUUUAAGGAUUUUGAAUGUUAAAUUUUAUUUUAAAAAUAUGGAUAAAAAUCAAAAUUAUAAGACAAUUUAAACGCUCAGAUAUUUAAUUUUCCAAUUAAAACCUAUUUCAGGACACCCUGUAUAUGCACAAAGGUUAGUUAAGAUUUUUUGUGUUAACAAAUCUUGACUAUGCGUUGUGCAUGCAGCCAUUAGUGAUGCUAUAAACGUAUAAAUUAAAAAUUAUUUGUUUAAAAGAGGUCUUUCAGAUGCUGGAUAUUCGGUAUCAUCAAAUUGUCUUAGAUGAAUCU